AUGAUGGACUAUCCUCUGGAAUACAAAACUUUUGAAUACGACGCCCUUCCAUCACCAACCUCAAUUCGCCUCCUCUAUCCAGUAACACGACCCAAGAACCAUAAAACCCCUUCUAUCAACAGUAUCCCCCCACUUGAAUUCCAUCUCAAGUCAACAGAACGCCAUGAUUUACCUUCCUACGAUGCCCUAUCCUACACCUGGGGUAACCCAAACUUCGUGCCCAGCGGAGCACCCGACGAAUAUUCCACUCAACACAAACAUGUGAUCGUUGUCAAUGGCCGCCUGUUCUAUAUCACAAGAAAUCUUUACGAAGCGCUGUGUCAACUUCGACAGCCGAAACAAGGGUUUGCCGAUGUUGAUAGACGAUCGGAGCCAUUCAAUAAGACGGGUCUUAUUAAAGCUGCUGAGAAAGGGAGCUUGAAACGGGUCAUCGAGUAUCUUGAACAAGGCGCUGAUCAUACUUAUUCGGAUAGCUUUGGAGAGACAGCUUUGCAUUACGCAGCAGAGAAUGGAUUCCCAGAGAUCGUGAGAGUCCUUCUUUCCAAGGGUGCGGAUAUGAACAUUCUUGAUCGUUCUGGACGGAAUCCUUUGAGUUGUUGUUUGCAACGGGAGAGACAUCAGUGGCAAGAAACAGCUGAGAUUCUGCAAAAUUGGAACAGUCGGAAUAGUUCACCGGUAGAAGAGACAACUGGUGCCGAAGUGCCGCUCUGGAUCGAUGCGAUAUGUAUCAACCAGGAUGAUAUAUCAGAACGCAAUAGCCAAGUGGCCAUAAUGUCUCAUAUCUACGGCUCAGCAAGAUGUGUAGUUGCGUGGCUGGGAGAAGCAGACGAGCAGACAGAAUCGUUUUACAAUUCAUUCUCAUGUCUACUCCAACCUGCGAUGCUUCCCACACAAGAAUAUCUACACUUUAUCUCAGGGCGAGGUUGCACAACACCCUGGGACAUGGACGGCAUGAGAGAAUUACUUACCCGUACAUGGUUCUCUAGAACAUGGGUCAUACAAGAAGUUUCUCUCGCCAAGGAUAUCAUCUUGGUAUGCGGCCCAUUCCGAUUCCCAUGGGAUGAAGUCUUUACUCUUCUCUUCGAGAAUUUAGGAGAAGCAAAAGCUUACGAAUACUUAUCACAAGGGAAGCCACGUAUGAAGUUCGAACGGGCUUCACCAGGAACAGAGAUUCUGUCGCUCUUUGACAUCAGGAUUCGGACAAGGCCUGAUUGUAUAGAAGGAAUAAGAGCACGAAAGAAAUUCCUCAAGCAACCCGCCUUACAGGCCAAAUACAAACAGCAAUUGAGCCUCGCAGCUUUAAUCAUUCUCACCUGGAAUUUCUAUGUCUCUGAUCCACGAGAUAAGAUAUUCGCCUUAUUGAGUCUCUCAAAACCCCUCGACGGCAUAUCGGUGGAUUACUCCAAGUCGAUCCCUGAUGUUUUUACUGACGCAGGUAGAGUUCUUCUUCAGGCUGGAGGAGACAACAGUGUUCAUACAUGGGAUGGCUCAGCAAUGGACGAUCUGGAACCAUUAGAGUCACUAUCUUUUGUUCAACCACACAUAUCUACCACUCUUCCUUCUUGGGUUCCGACAUUCAAUCAAAGACUAGACCGUCCACGAAUAUACCACAAGCGUUAUAAAGCCGCAGGGCAUCAUCAGCUUGUCUUAUAUGAGUCCUUGUCCUGUAUACUUAAGCUGGAUGCUCUAAUCGUCGACACUGUCGUCGAGAUUGAAAAGUCCCCUCCUCCGAAUUGGCAAGACCCCUUGGUCAACGCUCAUACAAUGGAAGCAUGGUGGGGCAUCAUAUCACGACUCCCAUCAACUUAUCCAACCGGAAACACCAGAAUUGAAGCAUUCUGGCGAACUCUGGUAUCCCAUCUAGGACCUAGGAACAUGACGCCCACGAGCCAGGCUUUCUUCAAAGGUCUUCUUCGCCAAUGCCUGGUUGAGCAUCGUCGAAGUAGCUCAAGUGACCGUCACUCAAAACUCUGCCAAGCCAUAGAAGACCUCAGAGUGACAGACACAUCUGAUCUACUACCGACAGCAUCAGAGGUGCUGAGUAGUGAAAAAGGCCUUUAUGAUAGGACCAGUGGACGGUCUUUGGGGGUUAGAUAUUUGCUUCGCUUCAAAGAGUUUUUGAGGGAGCGAUGUUUGGCGAGGACAGAAGGAGGAUAUCUAGGACUGCUAUCUAAGGAGACCAGGGUGGAGGAUCGUAUAGUGAUUUUAGCAGGCGGCCGGACGCCAUUUGUCCUUCGUCCAAACAACACAGGGCAGUUUACAUUUGUGGGCGAGGCUUUUGUUCAUGGGAUGAUGUUUGGGGAGUUGGUGAAAGGGAAGGAGUACCAUUUCCAGCCUCUUGAGAUACGGUAG